GGGCGUUCCGCGCGCCGGCUCAAUGCGCCUGCGCGGCGUGUGGACGCCUCACGCUCCCGGAAGUGGGAGGUGUCCGCUCGAGUUUGUGUGGUUGCCGCCGCGGGAACGGGAGCCGGUAAUUUUUCAGCGGAGAAAGGCGAGGCUUUCGGGCUUGGGCGAGUGAGAGAGCGAGUGGUGGGCUCCAGCAGCUCUCUUCUUACGUGACACACGGAAUGGAGGAUGAGCAGAGCCACCAGCCCGGAGGCGAGGCCGUGGCUCCCGCGCGGCGCGGGUCGCGGGGGUCGGCGUGCGGGGAGGAGGAGCAGCGCCCGAAUCCUGAGAAAAAGCAGCGACGGAGACUUGAUGGCCAAGAAACAAAAGGAUCUAAGUUCAUUACCUCCAGUGCAAGUGAUUUCAGUGACCCAGUUUACAAAGAGAUUGCUAUUACGAAUGGUUGCAUUAAUAGAAUGAGUAAGGAAGAGCUCAGAGCCAAACUUUCAGAAUUCAAGCUUGAAACCAGAGGUGUAAAGGAUGUACUAAAGAAGAGACUGAAAAACUAUUAUAAGAAGCAGAAGCUGAUGUUGAAAGAGGGCAGUUGUGCUGACAGUUACUACGACUACAUUUGUGUUAUUGACUUUGAAGCCACUUGUGAAGAGGGUAACCCACCUGAGUUCAUACAUGAAAUAAUUGAAUUUCCCGUUGUUUUACUGAAUACUCAUACCUUAGAAAUAGAAGAUACGUUUCAGCAGUAUGUGAGACCAGAGAUUAACACACAACUUUCUGACUUCUGCAUCAAUCUAACUGGAAUUACUCAGGAUCAGGUAGACAAAGCUGAUACCUUCCCUCAGGUACUGAAAAAAGUCAUUGACUGGAUGAAAUUGAAGGAAUUAGGAACAAAGUAUAAAUAUUCCAUAUUAACAGAUGGUUCAUGGGAUAUGAGUAAGUUCCUGAACAUUCAGUGCCAGCUAAGCAGGCUCAAAUAUCCACCUUUUGCCAAAAAGUGGAUCAAUAUUAGAAAGUCAUAUGGAAACUUCUACAAGGUUCCUAGAAGCCAAACCAAGCUGACAAUAAUGCUUGAAAAACUCGGAAUGGAUUAUGAUGGGCGGCCUCACAGUGGUCUUGAUGACUCUAAGAACAUUGCCCGAAUAGCAGUUAGAAUGCUGCAGGAUGGGUGUGAACUCCGGGUUAAUGAGAAGAUGCAUGCAGGGCAGCUGAUGAGUGUGUCCUCUUCACUACCAAUAGAGGGCACUCCAGCGCCACAAAUGCCACAUUCCAGAAAAUAACAGCAUUUUUGCGCUUUUGCCCAUGGAUCAUUCACUCUAACUGGAGCUGCUACAAAGAGGUAGCAGAUGAGUACUUAUUGAAUUAGUCCUGCAGUGCAAAAUUUAAGCACCUUAAACAUUUAAAAUCUUA